GAGUGUGCGCUGCGCUCGCUCGCACACAUCGUGCGGACCCAACAAAAACACUGUGUGCAAAGCGUAAUAGGGGCUGCUGCGUGCGUGUGUAUGCGUGUCACGGGACGGUUUUUGUGCAAUCCUGCAGCACGGGAGUCCCGGGUCGGGUAAAACAAAAGCGUGACGCUUGUGCACCCCCAAAAACACUCCCCAUUUGUUGGCUGCCGUCAGUGUUACGAGGGGUUUGGUCAGUUAGAUCGAUCAUCUUUCGCACUGUGCAUACGGAAAACCCAACGUUUGCUACGUUUUUUUCCAAUUCACUGUAAGAAAGACUUCCACCAGCGAACUGAGAAAGAGAAAGAGAGAGAGCGAGUUCGAACGGUGUGCGACUGACGUACUUUGCUAGAGCGGGACAGGGUGUGCACGAUCCGAGUCAGCAGACGCACGGACACAGAGCCGAUUGGAAGGGAAACGGCACCAAAUACGCGGCCAGCCAGCCAGCCAGCCAGCGAGAGAGAGAGCGUCACCGCGUUUUGUUCAGCGUGCGAUCGAUCAUAAAGAAGCAGGAACACAACAAACAAACAGCAUCAGCAGCAGCAGCAGCAGCAGCCGCAGCACCAUCACCAGCACGGGGCGGAAGUGAACAUUUCGGCGUGCAAUUUAUUUCGAGCGUGUGAAUCCAUCGUUUGUGUUUGUGUGUGAGCGCGCGUUGCAUUCUGCAUCGUAUCGGAGGCUGCACGAUCGCACCGUGCAAAUCACGACGACCCGCAGUCGAGGGAAGCUGUGCCGCAGUCACAGAGAACGAGAGAGAUAAGUGUGUGUGUCGCGAGUGUGUCUAGUUGCUGUUGGUGGCGCUGCCGAUUAGGGAAGGAAGGAAACGGGCAUCUUUAGCUUCCUUCGCUUACGUGACGAAUCAGUGGUGUGAUUCGUACGCCACAGAAACAAAUCGAAAGAACCACACAAAACAGCCCCAAAAUUCACAGAUCCAAGAUGACCGCCACACCGUCCAGCUCGGCCGUGCGUGCCCUCUCGCUGGAGUACAAAAGCCUGCAGGAGGAACCGGUCGAAGGGUUCCGCGUGAAGCUGCUGAACGAGGACAAUCUGUUCGAAUGGGAGGUGGCCAUCUUCGGCCCGCCGGACACGCUCUACCAGGGCGGCUACUUCAAGGCGCACAUGAAAUUUCCCCCAGACUAUCCAUACUCUCCACCGUCGAUACGGUUUUUGACAAAAGUCUGGCAUCCGAAUGUGUAUGAGAACGGUGAUCUCUGCAUAUCGAUCCUACACCCGCCGGUCGACGAUCCGCAGAGUGGCGAACUGCCGUGCGAACGAUGGAACCCGACGCAGAACGUGCGCACCAUCCUGCUGUCCGUGAUUUCACUGCUCAACGAGCCAAACACCUACUCGCCCGCGAACGUGGACGCGUCCGUCAUGUACCGAAGAUGGCGAGACUCGCACGGCAAGGACAAUGAAUAUCCUAACAUCAUACGACGACAAGCACAGGCCGCCAAGGCGGAGGCCGAAAAGGAAGGCAUCAUUGUACCACUUACGCUAGAGGAGUAUUGCAUCAAGGCGAAAACGAAACCUACCGGCCAGGAACCACAGCUCGAUAUGACGGAUUUCUACGACGACGAUUACGAUCUCGACACCGAAGACGAUGAUAACGCGUCGGUGGAAUCGGACGGCGAUGACAGUGGUAACGGCGAGUCCUAACGAGCUUCUCUCCUCACCACCACCAUCACCGACAACAGGCGGAACGACGGGAGGGUAUUGCAGCAGCAACAGCAGUAGCGGCCGCAUCGAAUCCGAUAGAGUAAACCACCUCCCACCCCCUCUCCGCCCACCACCACCACCACCACCAAAACCCCCAUCCGUCUUGGGAAAGGGGAGCAACAAAUCGGAAGGACGAGAAUGCUGAGAACGUUUGUUUCGAGAGGCGGCAUAUCUAAUAAAGCUUUGCCUUCCGUCGUCACCGUAGCUCGUCGGUUCCGGGUGGGGUGGGAUUGUUUUUUUUUUUUGUGUCUUUGUCCAAUAAUGCGUCCGUGAUGCGGUCCGGUCUCGUGGAAUAAUCGUGCUUGGGACGGCAAAUCUUUGUAGUGGGGAUAAAAAUCGAUUGGUAAAAAAAGGAAGCGGAAAUAAGUCGCAGUCGAGUGCAGCUCCCGUACACGAUGGCACCGACGGCAGAGGGCAAAAGGGGAGGAGGGGAGGAGUAGUAUUUUUUUUUGAUUUGUGGUAAUUAAAAAAAAGAACGAGAACUGAAACACACAUCCUGCU